AUGGAGAAGAUAGUGUUCUAUGAGGACCGGGACUUUCAGGGAAAGUCCUAUUCCUGCAAAGGUGACUCAGCAGACUUGCAUGGCUACAUCCGCCGAUGCAACUCAGUCAGGGUAGAGGGUGGCUGGUGGGUUUUGUAUGAGCGCAACAACUUCAUGGGCUACCAGUAUGUAAUUGGUCCUGGGGAGUACAAUGACUAUCAUCGCUGGAUGGGCUUCAAUGACUGUGUCAGAUCCUGCAGGAUCAUCAAAGGCGCCAAAGGGCCGCACAGACUCAGGCUGUUUGAUCGGCCAAACUUUGGCGGGCAGUCCUUUGAGCUGACAGAAAACAUGAAGUCCGUCCAGGAUAGAUGGAAUCGACAAGAAGUGCAGUCCUGCAAGGUUCUAGGGGGCUCUUGGGUUUUCUUUGAGCAUCCUAACUACAGUGGUCGCCAGUAUCUGCUGGAGAAAGGAGAUUACCCAAAUUUCUCAGAAUGGGGAGCUCUGAAGGCACUCGUAGGCUCCAUCAGAAGAAUCAUACCGCUGUGA